AUGCUUCCUCACGACCCCGGCCGUCCCCGCAGUGCUCUUCUCUUCCUUGAGACCACAGCCCCCGUCUCGAUUCGAGACGACAGUCCACGCACAAUCGAUACUGAUUCUUACUCUCAAGUGCCAAACGAGGACGAUGAUGGCGACCACCAAGCUGAGGAGAGCUAUCUUGCCAACCUCGACACACAGCAGGAGGAAGACUAUGAUGUCACCCAGGAAGAUGACGAGGAUGGGGUAGACGAUGUGGACGAUGAGGGCGAUACAAAGGCAACAGACGAUGGCGAGCAGGAAGGCGAGGAUGUAGGCGAGGAUGACGAGAGUUCCUUCGACGCAUCUGCAACAGGCUUGAAGGAGAUCAGUAACCUGGCAUGCUUCACGGUAAGCAGCUACAAGCCAGGCUGUGGAGUCAAGGAGCUUCGGAGCGACGACAUGAACCAGUAUUGGCAAUCUGAUGGACCACAACCUCACCGGCUCAAUAUACACUUCAUCAAGAGAGUCGAGAUAAGAGUGCUACGCCUCUUUCUUGACUACGAACUGGACGAGAGUUACACGCCUACCAAGAUACAGAUCACCGCAGGAUUUGGGCCUAAUCAGACGAUACCUUUCUCCACACUGGAGCUUACUAUGCCAAAGGGCUGGAUCGAUGUGCCUAUUGCCGGCGCAGGAGGCGGGCCGGAUGGUAAUUCUCUGUGCUGCUGGUUCAUUCGGAUCAUAAUUCUCGAAAACCACCAGAACGGCAAGGACACCCAUCUGCGAGGUGUCAAGGUAUACGCUCUCGAUGACAGUGCCGACACGGCAGAGAACAACCCCGUCGACGACAUUGGCGAGGCAAUUGACGAGUAUCGGGAACGGAUGACGCUUAUGAACAUUCACGACCAUGAUGAGGAUGCUGUAUCAAAUCGUGAUGGCGAUGUCCGCAAGAGGAGAGCGGCAGCGAAAAAAUACGCACCAGGUGAUGGAGGCUUGAGCGUUCCCGAUUUUAUGCGUGAGCCAGAGAUCCGCUAG